AUGAGUAUUAUAAUCGGACCCGCGAUAGCUGUUGUGACAUCAUUUUUAGCAUUAACUGCAGUUUUAUUGUCAUUUAUCGGACUAGAUAGAUCUGAACUGCCUAUUGCGGCAAAUUCUACAUUAACCGGAUAUCCAGCAUGGCAUCCUGAUGUUCCAGCUUUUAUAAUCCUUGAUAGUGGGAAAUUAUGGUCCUCUAUUAGAAUAUUAAGUACAGUUGCGGAGAUUUCGUUAUUAGCAUGUAUUCAUUAUGGCGGUGAGAUUAAGUCGAUUAGGUAUUGGGUAUGGGUACUUAGAUAUUCAAUUAUAGUAGUCAUUGGUUGCGUAUGGUUUGAUUUUCCUUAUGAUGCAUUUUGGUUUCAAAUACAAGCUCAAAGUGUCCAGGCGGCUCUUGUGAUCACUUUCUUUCGUCUAUAUUUCGCUACUCGUAAAAACCUUCACAACCAUAGGAGCAGUCACCUUAUAAAUACUGAACAUGAAAAUCCAGAUCCCAAUGUUCCACCAGAAGAUUCUAUUCCAAAUGAACCUAACUCUGAAUAUCCACUUCCCUUAAGUUUCCUCCCUCAACCAAAACAACUUGUGGGGUUGAUUUUCGCUUCAAGUGUUCAUUUUUUGGGUGAUUCUAUCUAUGUAUUGUUUCCGAAUCAUCCCAGUGCUUAUCUAUUGAGUGCUUUAAGUUACGCAUUAUCAUAUGGAGUUUUCGCUUACUACAUUUGGUUAGAUACUCAUUGCUAUAGGAUGUUACCUAGAAAACGUAUUUAUGUACCUGAAACAAGUACCUGGAAAGUCAUUUGUAUUACUAUCUUUUCUAUUACAAUUGCCCUUGUAGUUACAAGGCUUA